AUCGUUUGUCGCACUUCACUUCCUUUCCCGGAACUGCACCGAACAAGUCCGAACAGGUACGAACGGGCAGCCGGCGCAUCGUCUGCUGUCAUCGCGUGGGUUCUUUCUGACACCAACGCCGACAACGCACGUGUUGUCAUUGAGUCCAGCACCGUCACGUCGAUAGGUCCUCGUCUUCGUCUCGUCAGCCCCGCCCUGACCCAUUCGCUUGUGGAGGAUCUUUGGAGGAUCGGACGCUACGAUUUUGCCAACUUAUUACCAUGCUCCCGAAAGAGCCCGACGCUUUGGCGCCAACCAACUUGGCUGCAGCGUGGGCUAGUGUCAAAGAUCUGACGACGGCUGUCAGAAGGAAAACAGACUACCUCAACAAUAACAGUGGUGGUGCGGCUGGUGCAGACGAUGACGGCGAUGACGAUGACGUCGUAGUCGUCGAGGUGGUGGCCUUGGCAUCGGCCUCGGCCCCGGCUGUCCCGGCCGCCCCGGCCGCGGCGUUCAAGACUCGCAAGCUCUCCCGGAGGGUGGCGCAGGCGGCGCAGGCCCAGCUGCCGCAACAGGCGCGCGUGGUGCGUCGCCGGGGUUCCGACGACGUGGACGACGAGGAGUUCUUGCACACGGUCUUGGUGUGCUCCAACUGCAGCGACCUGUUCCCCACGCGCAAUGAGCUGCUGCUGCACCGCCUGCAGUGGCACCCCCUGCAGCCCUACCAGUGCCCCGAGUGCAUGGCCGCCUUCGCGCAGGCCGAGCUGCUGGACCAGCACCACCUGACGCACACCAGCGACCGGCCGCACCCCUGCCUGCACUCUGGCUGCCAGAGGCACUUCUCGCUCAAGGUGCACGUCAAGACCCACACCCGCGCCGUGCACGGCCAGCCUGCCCAGCCCACUGUGCGCAGCGCGCCGAGGGCCCGCGCCCCCGGCCCCAGCGGCCCCAGCCCCGAGUACAGGUGUGGCACCUGUUCCAAGGUGUUCCAGUCAGCGACAGGAUUAGCCAACCAUCAAAGGUGCCACUCUGAUGAGCGCCCAUUUUCCUGCGACAUGUGCUCAAGCACAUUCAAGCUGCGUUCCAAUCUUAGUCGGCACACUAUAAAAAGACACCCACAGUAAAUGUUCUGUAGCUGUUCGUGCUUGAAAUUUCUCUAAUUGUGCAUGAGUCAUUGCUUUUAGUUUGUUAUUUUGUAAUUUCUGUACUGUAAUAAUUUUUUUGAAGAAGUUUUGUUGCUUUAUGUUGUUGAUUUUAGUCUCAUGAAGUCAUAGUAUUAAAGUUGUUUUCUCAUA